UAUAAAUAGGUUGAUAGUCUUUCAAGACUCAACAACAAGAACUACACUUGCAAAUCUAGCGAGUUGUUAGUUGUUAAAACAGAGUUAGUACGUACUCCGUAGUACUAUAACCAAGGACCUAAAGCCCGACUUAACAAAGAUCCGGCAUAGAAUAUGACAGCCUCAGUUGAACAAAACUCUGCCGGAAUCUUGUCACUGUGGCAUUGUAUAUUCGCGGUUUCUGCAAAGAAAGAUGUCGAAGGGACACCAACGGAGGAGAAGAUACAAGCAAUGGUUGACAUCUACAGACAAAUGAGACAUCUACGUUCAGCCAUUCAUGGGAUCAACAACAACAACCCAGAUUUUACCGACGACAUUGCUAAAAUUGCAAAACCCUUCAAUUCCAUGUUCUCCGAAAUGUCGAAAGAGAAAUGGAUUGAAGAGUUUUGUUCCAUGAUGGGAGAAGUAGUACAUAUGCGAGACGUUCUCAAGGAUAUCAAGCAAAGUACAGACAGAAGCAAGUGUAGUAGUAGUACUACUUUGUAUGAUGUUGAAAAUGAUAACAAAUCCAAAAAUAUAAUCAGCUUAUUAACCCUUUGGUAUUGGUUAGCUGUUUGGUCCUCCCCCGGCCAAGUGGAAAAUGGUGGUGCUAAGGAUGAGUUUAUGGACGCGAUUGAGGCACACGACAAAACGUUGGGAUUUCUUCUUGUUAACAUGAAUUCCCCAAUUAACAAUGAAGGGAAACAAGAGAUCCAAAUUCUCUUCUCCAAGCUCCUUCAAAUGCUGAAAUCAGACCAUCAAUUUUGGAUGGAUGUCUUGGAUCAAUUCAUUGAUAAUAUGCUGUUAUCUACACCAGAAAUACCAAAACCUAUGGUGCAAUCACCGGUUAUGUGUUCUUGGUUCGAAGUUCCGGAUUUUUUAAAGAAAGUUGUAAAUGACGUGAAAGAUCUUGCGAAAACGACAGAGAAUGCAUUGGAAAAAUUGGUUGAUGAUGCGAAAGAUGGUGCUGAAAAAUUGAUUGAUGCGGUAAAGUUUAACCUUAAAUUACGUGCUAAAGUGAUUGAGAAAGGUGUUGAACGUUUGGGUGACGGCCUAAAUAAAGCAUUCAAAGAUGUCCCGUUGUUACCCGAUGACCGCCUAACCUAAGUCAAGGCAUAAAGAUUGGGUUUUUAUGUCACUUUUUCACUAUCACGGCCAAGAAAGUGACCUCCGAUGAUAAUAAGGCAACCUAUGUUCCACAUGUUGUUAGUGUAUUAGUUUACGUAAAUGUUUGUUUGUAUCCUUUAUUUUCAUGACAUAAUUGGCUAUGUACCUUCAUGUAUGUCGAACGUUUUAAUUUCAAGUUUGGAUUCGUAAUUGAUGUUUUGUUGUGUUAAUUACUUGUGUAGGGUGGGGGCGUGGGUAGUUACUAGGGGCACCGUGGAGAUGAUUUGGAUGUCGACGAUGUAUGAUGAUUGUUCGCCCCCCUGUGGGUCCCACUUUUACCUAAAAUUACCAAAAUAUCUC